UCGGUCAACUUUAGCUGCAAAAAAAGCCUAGAAGCGACAUUUGGAGUGUGGCAAAGACCAACUUUCACCGGAGUUUUAAACUCCGGCGACUGCCGUUUUCGCUUCCUCAUCACAAAUUAUCUUUCUUUUUCUCGCCUCACUUUUGGUAACGUUCUUAUUUGUGGGCAUAAUCUUCGGAUUUUGCUUUCUUGUUUUGUAAUCAUAAUUCUCUUUUUUAAUUUCUUCGGCAACCGAAGUUAAACACAAGUGGCUGAGAAAAUUAGGCCGAGCUGGGACCGAGCGGAGGGCUUGGCAUGAUGGGAUCUUGUAUAUGCCCGUUGCAGACGCCGGCGAGAUUGCUCUGGACCACCAGCUUCUUCCGUCACAAGCUUAUGAUUUUCUAAUCCAUCCCAAAUAUCCCCAAACUCCACAAUUCUACUUUUACUGCUAGUAAAACCCCACCAACAUCACCACCUAAGGUAGCUUUUCUUUCUUGCCUUCUCGCCGGAGAACGAGAAAGACGGAGGAUUGGGCCAUGGAGUCAGGCCGCCUUUUCUUCGACCCUUCCGCUUGCCAUGGCGGCAACAUGCUGUACCUCGGGAAUUGUGACAACGUUUUCAGAGGAGGAACAACAAUGAUGAGCAUGGAGGAAACCUCUAAGAGGCGACCAUUCUUCAGCUCGCCAGACGAACUGUUCGACGAGGAAUAUUACGACGAGCAGUUGCCGGAGAAGAAGCGCCGCCUCACUCCCGAACAGGUGCAUCUUCUGGAGAAGAGCUUUGAGGCAGAGAACAAACUGGAGCCAGACCGAAAAACUGUGCUGGCGAAGAAGCUGGGGCUACAGCCAAGACAGGUGGCUGUGUGGUUCCAGAAUCGCCGCGCUCGAUGGAAGACUAAGCAGCUUGAGAGGGACUAUGAUGUCCUUAAAUCCUCCUUUGACUCACUCUUCUCUAAUUAUGACUCUCUUGUCAAGGAGAAUGAGAAGCUGAAAUCUGAGGUAGCUUCCUUAACUGAAAAACUUCAAGCUAAAGAGGAGGUCGGAGCAGCUAUUUCAGAUAAAAAAUUUGACCCACUUCCGGGGGAUAUGAUACAUGUUUCCUCCCUCCAAUUCAAUGUGAAGGUUGAGGACCGCCUGAGUUCUGGGAGUGGAGGGAGUGCGGUGGUGGAUGAGGACGGUCCACAGCUUGUGGACAGCGGUGAUUCAUACUUUCCAGGUGACAACUACUCUGGCUUUGUGGCUGCAGUGGAUGUGGUCCAAUCAGAGGAGGAUGACAAGAGUGAUGACGGCCGGAAUUACUUUGCAGGUGUGUUUGCAGAUGCAGAACAUCAGCACCAUGGAGAGGAAGUGCCUUCGGGUUGGUGGGUGUGGUCUUAAAAUGUGCUUAAACAAAUGGUUGGGUGUUUUUUACUCACUUUCAAACAUCACUUGUUCCAAUAGUUUGUUUGUCAGCACUUUGGAAACUAUUUGGAGUGGUUAAAAAAAAAAAAAUAGUUUAGUGACUGAGAUCAUGAGUUAAGUAAAUGAAUAAAUAAAGUCAGUGGCGUCUUGUACGUAUUUCCAUGUGGAUAGGAAGUAAAUUUCUUGUUCAA